AUGCAUUUAAAUCGACGUGGUCUAGAGCGAUUGAAUCAUCAUCGAGUUGAUUGUUGUCCUAGUAAAAUUAAAAGUUCACAAAAACAUUCAAAAGUUUUACAAAAAAUAAAAACCUCCAGCAAUGGAGACAGCUUAUUUUUUUUCAACAAAGAAUCAAAUAGAUCCGAUCUCCGCAUAGUUUCUUGAGGAAAAGUUUUUAAAAAAUCACAAUUAAUAACAUAAUAAAAAAGAUUAUAAAAUGGACAAAAUAAUAAAAAUGGACAAACAAAAAGA